GGGCUGUUCUCUGCUGAGAAAAAUGAGGGGAAAAAACCAAACCCAGCCUUCUCGUGUGAGCGGGAGGAUUCUGCAGCUGGAAACCCUCCCUGCCGGACUGCGGGAGCUCUCAGUGCCUCAGCAGACAUGAACGUGAAAACCGUCCUCAUCCUCCUCGUGCUGGCUUUAGCCACCAUAUUCGCCCUCGUCUGCGUGUUGCUGACCAAGGGAAGGGCCCCCAGCACCUGCCAGCACCGGCCCCCGGGCCAGGAGGAUGCCGAUGCCGGGCACAGCCUGGUCUUUGCCGACCUGACGCCCCAAGAGCUGCUGCAAGUGGUGCGGUACCUGCGGGGACAGCUCGGGGUGCCGCUGGUCGACGCCUCCCGUGCCAAACCCUCCGACAACUGCAUCGCCUUGGUGACCGUGCAGCUCCCCGCCAAGGCAGAGGUGCUGCGGUUCCUGGACGCCGGGGGGGCUCGUCCGGCCCGGGAGGCGCUGGCCGUGCUGUACUUCGGGAACCAGCCGGACCCCAACAUCACCGAGUACGUAGUGGGGCCGCUGCCGACGCCGACGUAUCACCGGGACGUGACGGUGCAGAAGUACGGGGGGAAGGUGCCGUACCACCGCAGACCCGUCACUGGCAGGGAAUACAUGGACAUCAAUGUCCUCAUCCAGCGGGAGCUGAGGAAGGCACCACACGUCCUCGCCGCCUGCUGCGACUCAGACGGGACCGACCUGACCAUCCUCACCACAGCCCCGCGGGGCUUCAAAUCCGGUGACCGUGCCACCUGGUUUGUCCUCUUCCACGCUGUCACUGGCACCGGCUACUACCUGUCACCAGUGGGGCUGGAGGUGUUGGUGGAGCACCGGGACCUCCACAUCUCCCGCUGGUCGCUGCGCCAAGUCUUCUACAAUGGCCGGUACUUUGCCAGCACCCAGGAGCUGGAGGAUGCAUUCCUGACCAACUCGCUGGAGGUUGUGAGGGUGGAGAAGCCCCGGGCGGACAUGGUGCUGGGCUCCAUGAGACCCCGGCGCCCACCCGGCUCCCCGGGGCCGCUGCAGUACGAGCCUCAGGGUCCCCGCUAUAGUGUCAGGGACAACUGUGUCACCUACCAGGGCUGGAGCAUCACCUUCGGCAUGGACCCCAACUCUGGCCCACGCCUUUUCGACAUCAGGUACCGCGGGGAGAGGAUUGUGUACGAGCUGAGUCUGCAGGAAGCCUUAGCCCUGUACGGCUCCAACUGCCCCGGGGGCAUGUCCACCCGCUACCUCGAUGGCAGCUUCGGCAUCGGCAGGUUCGCCUACGAGCUCGUCCGCGGCCUCGACUGCCCCUACACAGCGACCUACGUGGACCAGCACUACCUGUCGGAGUCAGAGACCCCCAAAACCAACCAAAACUCGCUCUGCAUCUUCGAGCACGACACUGCCCUCCCGCUGCGACGCCACUUCUCCGACUCUCAUUCCUCGUACUACGGCGGGCUGCGGAAAAACACGCUGGUCAUCCGCACCGUCUCCACUCUCAUCAACUACGACUACAUCUGGGACUUCAUGUUCCACAGCAGCGGGGCCGUGGAGGUCCGGGUUCAUGCCACCGGCUACAUCAGCUCUGCCUUCUUCCACGGCCAAGGGACCAAGUACGGCAACAGGGUUGGGCCCCACACGCUGGGGACGAUGCACCUCCACCACAUCCACUACAAGGUGGACCUGGAUGUUGACGGGCAGCUGAACUCCCUGGAGACCCAGAACACGGCGUAUGAGCUGGUGAAAGACCCGUGGAGCAUGGAAAACACCAUGGAGCGGCUGUACCUCCGCAGAGAGAGGCUGGAGAGGGAGGAUGAGGCGGCGUUCCCCCUCAACACCCCCAUGCCCCGCUACCUCUCCUUCGCCAGCGCCAAGCCGAACAAGUGGGGGCAUUCGCGUAGCUACCGCAUCCAGAUCAACAGCUUCGCCGGGGAGCACCUGCCCGUCAGCAGCUCCAUGGAGAGGUCCAUCAGCUGGGGAAGGUACCAACUGGCCGUCACCCGGCGGAAGGAGGAGGAACCCACCAGCACCAGCGUCUACAACCAGAACGACCCCUGGACGCCCACCGUGGCCUUCGCCGACUUCAUCGACAACGAGACCAUCACCAACGAGGACCUGGUUGCCUGGAUCUCUGUGGGGUUCCUACACAUCCCCCACGCUGAAGACGUCCCCAACACGGUGACGGUGGGGAACGGUGUUGGCUUUUUCCUGAGGCCCUACAACUAUUUUGAUGAGGAUCCAUCGGUGGACUCACCAGACAGCGUGUACUUCAGCAGUGAGCAGGAUGCCGGAGCGUGCGGGGUCAACCCCCUCGCCUGCCUGUCCCCCAAUGCCGCCUGUGCCCCCCACCUGCCCCCAUUCCGCUAUGGGGGCUUCCUCAACCUCAGCCUGGCCCCACCGCCCGACGGGCUGUGACAGGGACAGGGCCACCGCUGUCCCCGUCCCCACCACUGCGGAGGGUCCGUGUCCUUGGAGAGGCUCCGGUGGUGACAGUGGAGAUGGGCUGGUUCUGCCACCGCACCAGGGCUUGCUCUCCCCAUCCCUGGGGUGUGAUCUGCUCAGGGUCAGGUUUUUGGUGGAGCUCAGCUCAUUUUGGCACCGCAGCGCUGUUGAGGGCGGACUCAAAGCCUCCGAAAAACAUCCCUUAGGAGUGGGUUUUGGAGACUUCAUCCAUGAGGCCACCCAAAGGUGCUCAUGGCUGCUCUCCUGCUGUGGGAUUGGGGCUCCUGUCACCUCCCUGAGGCAGGUGGGUGCACGCAGGGCUGUGGCGCUGGGCACUGCACUAAGCCGCAGCUCCCCGUGGAGCCGUGGCCCGUGCCAAGGUUUUGCCCAGGGGGACGGGAGCGGGUGGUGUGGGGUGCUGUGGCCUGAGGGUGUUGGUCCACAGGGAGCCAGCAGCUCCAGGAUGCCCAAAGCAUCCACCCAGCCCCUCGGCUCCUGCAGCUCCAGGUGGUGCUGAGCUCUGGCUGCUGUGGCAGUGCCAGGCUCUGGGGACAGGGACCAGGAGCCUGCAGAAUGGCACUACAGGACCGUGGGACAGGUACUGCCCAGGCUGAGCUGCCCCUUGUCCACCCUUCACCAAUAAACAGGCGCUCGGGUGCUUUUUCUGACCAAA